ACGACAMRRCMAAGCCAGAAUAGCUACAAAAUUUACUGCCAGCUGUAUAAGAAUCUGCAAUGACUGAAAAAGACAAAUCCUCGGAGUAUACUGACUUCGAGAAAGAACGUCCAACAAGAUCGUACAUGGAAGAUCCAAACAUCACGUGGAGAAACGGCAAACCGAACUACAUGCAGAUCGACAAAAUGUACUUGGAAGGAAGAACAAAGAACCAUUUUAGUGAUUCUUUGGAAAAAACUGUGGAAAACCUGGUGAAAACGUGGGAGAUGGAAGCUACCCAUAAGCCUAACUACAAGGACUGGGAAAGCGUUGAUCCAGACGUGUUCGUUCUUAAUAUGAAUAAUGUCGCCAAAUACGAUGGAGAAACACUUUCCAAGGUUGGGUCGUACAACCUACUUCUACGAGAAAACCCACUGUAUGAUCCCAGCGGGGAGGAAACCUUUGAAUCGUCUCACAAGCUCUUCAGGGGUGCAUUCAAGGAGGGCUUUGCUUGGGAACUUCUGGAAACCUUUACCGGACCACCACGUGUAGUAUUUUCCUGGCGUCAUUGGGGGAAAUGGACUGGUGCCUACCGAGRCCACGSUCCUACYGGAGAAAUUCUCACAUUGUACGGAAUCGGGAUCGCUGUGGUGAAUGAUCAGUUGAAGCUUACAUCUAUUGAUUUGUAUCUUGAUUCUAAUCCAAUCAUCGCAAAACUUGAAGGCAAGGACAAAACAAGUGUAUCAAAUCUAGCAAGUUGUCCUUUCCAUAACCAAAUGAAAAGCUAAACAACACAGUAUACACUGUCACACAGCCGUCAUACUAUGCAUAGCCUACGAAGCCAGGCGUUUCUAGCCCAUCCGACGAGUUUAAGGCUGAAGAAAGCUUUCUCAGGCCCUAUACUCAGUAUACUAACUCGGUUCCUCGGUUCGGCUAGGAAGGCCUGGCUAUUCAUGCUUCACACGACUUCGUCUCUUUGACUUUUGUAACUAAUAAAACAAGUCAAGUUCUGAAUUUGGAAUUUGGCAGUAUGUUGGGCUAAGUUUUCAAUAAAGAUAAAAGUUUUCGCCAUAAGA